GAGCGCGCGGACGUCCGCCGGCCGUUGGAACGCGCUCUGCAGCCGGCUGCAGGUUCCCAGGGGCGGGCACGCGCUCCGGAACCGCACGCGAGUAGAACGUCCCCGGGAAGAGCACGCGCUUCAUCAGCGCCGCCAGCGAGGAAAAAAGAAGCAAAGGCGGCAGCAGCAGCAGCACCACCAACAACAAUAACAAGAAGCGGCCGAGGCCUUUCGCUGCACCCGUGCAGGUUGGCGGCGUGAACUCCCAAUCCUUUUCCUUUUACACCCUUCCCACCAUCCCGAAGAGGCCAUGACUCGCGAGUAUAAAGCCGGGGAGUUGAUUUUCGCCAAGAUGAAGGGUUACCCUCACUGGCCCGCCAGGAUUGAUGAUUUUGCUGAUGGAGCAGUAAAGUCUUCAACAAAUAAAUAUCCCAUUUUCUUCUUUGGAACUCAUGAGACUGCCUAUUUGGGCCCACGAGACAUAUAUCCAUAUGAAGAAAACAAGGAAAAAUAUGGGAAGCCCAACAAGAGAAAAGGUUUCAACGAGGGACUGUGGGAAGUUGAAAAUAACCCAACGGUUAAAUUUCUUGGUCAACAAGGUUCUAAUAAACGAGCUCGCAAGUUGUCAACUGAUAAAGAUGCUGAAGAGGGGAAGGAAACAGGUGUAUCAAAUCUGGGUAAAGAGGAGUCUGAUGCUGCAAGUUCACCAGAGUUUGACAAGCAUAGCGAUGAUGAGACUACUACAAAGAAAGCUGCGGUAAUGGAACCUCCAAAGAAAGGUGCCAAGAGAGGACGAAAGAGAAAGAUUGAACAAGUAGAUGUCGGUUCAGAGUCUGAAGCCGAAAAGCAGAGCACCAAGCGGAAGAAACAAGACGUUGAGGUGAAGACUCCAAAACCCAGAGGAAGGCGACCCAAAGUCAUGGUGAUGGCUGCACGCUCAGGCGAUGAAAGUGAGAAUGAUGGUAUGAACAAAGCUGAGGUGAAGAAGGCAGCCUUGGAAGAAAAGCGAAAGAAGCAACAUGAGCAGAAGAAAGUGAAGGAGGAGGAGGAGAAGAAAGAGGAUAAAAAGAGUGACAAACCAAAAAAAGAACUUGUUAAAAAGGAAGGAAAGAAGGACCAUGCAGAACCCAAGAGGAGGAGAAGCACCAAGACCAAGUCAACUUCAGAGACUGAAGAGGAGGAACCAGAAGAUGGAGAAGAGAAAAGCAAGAAAACGAAAUGGGAUGCUGCUAACAGACGGAAUCUAAUGAAAAAGCAAAAUGAAAGGGAGCAGGAAGAAAAACUGUGCAAAGUGGAGGAGAGCAAAAAAGAUGAGCAGCAAACGAAAGAGGACAAAGAAGGAAAGAAAGAAGAAAAACUCAACUUCAAGAAAAUAGAGAAAAAGAGAGAAAUGUCAAUGGAAUUGAGACUUCAGAAGUUGCACAGUGAAAUUAAAUUAUCCCUGAAGAUCGACAAGCCUGAUGUGAAAAAAUGUAUUGAGACCUUAGAUGAACUUGCGGCACUCCAGGUUACUCCACAGCAUCUGCAGAAACACAGUGAACUGAUUGCAACACUUAAGAAGAUGCGAAAUUACAAAGCUUGUCAAGACAUCAUGUUCAAGGCAGAUAUGAUCUACAACAAAUUCAAAUCCAUGUUCUUGGUUGGUGAAGGUGAUUCUGUGAUUGCACAAGUACUAAAUAAAUCUCUUGCUGACCAGCGGCAACAUGAGGAAGCAGUUAAGGCACGAGAGCAAGAGAAGAAAAAUGAUCAAGUGGAAACUAACAAGAAAGCUGACAAUACAGAGGAACAACUGACAGCUGCUAAAGCUUUAAAUGGAGAAGUUGUACCACAGGAUGCAGAGAAUGACCACACUUUGAAACGGGCAGAAAACAAACCCAGUGAUGAGAAGAAAAAUAAAUCUGAUGCUGUGCAGCCACCACAGAACAGUGAACUGCAUCAGUCUGAUGCCUCGCAGUUGGCAAAACAACCGUCAGCCAAUUCCGAGGCUGAGCAGAUGGAGACUGGACCAGGAGCUGAAAGCUGAGUAGCUCCAAUUUGCGAACUGCCACCAGAUUUAAAAUGUAGUGCCUAGCACAGGCAUUGUUAGUGGGGG